UUGAGGGGGGAUGAAUCGGCGCUAGCAGGAGUUUACGGUAUCUCGUAGAACUAACCCGCAACGGCAAUCCGACGAGCGUCUCCUUCGAGAACGCUUUUGAACUUUGACGACUUCCUUGAGAAUUUCGACCGCCUUCCUGUUGUACAACGUCCUGGAUCACAGCAUCGGAGAGCUCAAAUAUGGUAACUCCAGAGCUAUGACGAACGGUCGCGAAUGACCUCUUCGAAGCCUUGAUAUCAACGCAAAGAUGACAGGCACUGGGCGUGUACUGCGUGUAGGCAUCGUCGGCGCGGGAGAAGUGUCUCAAGUCAUCCAUCUUCCAGUACUGUCUCUUCUCAGUCAUCUCUACACAGUCACAGCCAUCUGUGACCUAUCUCGAAAAAACGCAGAGCACUGCGCUUCCAAAUUCCACAUCCCUCUGGUGACCACAAACCCCGGCGAAGUCUUCCAGAGCACAAACGUCGACGUAGUCUUCGUCCUCACCUCAGAUGAAUUCCACGAACCAUACGUUACCGCCGCUCUCGAAGCGGGCAAGCAUGUGAUGGUCGAGAAACCCAUCACAUUGUCCCUCCCGUCCGCCGAGCGAAUCCUCGCCGCUGAAGCUAAAGCAAAUGGACCCAUCGUCUUCGUCGGCUAUAUGAGACGAUAUGCCGCAUCGUUCACAAACACUUUCAAACGAGAAGUCGCCUCGAUCCCUCGCAUCCUGUAUGCUCGCGUACGUGACUUCUCCGGACCGAAUGCGAAGUUCGUCAACGAGUCGGGCACAUUCCAAGUCAAGAAUGUCGAUGAUAUUCCUUCUACUGCUGGUGAGGAACGGACCCAACGUCUCGAAGCGCUAUACAAAGAAGCGUUCCCUGGGCAGACCAUUACUCAAGAACACAAGAGUCUCAACCGCUUCAUGGGCAGUCUUGGCUCGCACGACAUCUCUCUCAUGCGAGAAGUUCUCGGCUUCCCAGAAAGCGUCGCCGGUAUUUCGGUCAACGACCCCUUCUACUCCGCCAUCUUCAACUACCGCAACAAAACCGGCGAGUCCUUCGCGUGCACCUACGAGUCUGGAAUCGACGCCGUGCCCGAGUUCGAUGCUCACCUGGCAGUCUACGGGCAGCACAAGCGAGUUGAGAUCAUGUACGACUCGCCUUAUGUCAAGGGAUUGCCGAUUAAGGUCAAAGUAUGGGAACUGAAUGAAGCGGGAGAGAUGCAGACGAGGGAGAUGAUAGGAUCGUAUGAGGAUGCGUAUACGGCGGAACUGAAGGAGUUGUAUCAGUGCAUUGUGGAUGGCAAGUCGGUCAAGACGACCGUGAGGGACGCUUUGCAAGACUUGAAACUGUAUGACAUGAUGUAUCAG